AUGUCGACAACCAGUGGCGGUGACACAACUAAACACAUGCAGGAGAACUCGGUGACCACCUUAUACGACGGUGACCGAACGGUUGUCAACCAUAGAGUGUCGCCACCGUCCUCGUCUAAUGCCGACAGUGGUUUGGACAAUUCCAACACAGAAUCAUCCGCCGGCGACGCUAAACUCAUUAUAGACGUGCCCGACUUUUCCAGAGAAAUGGAAACACCUCGCACGGGUAUUGAUAACCCGAGCUUUGAGACUGAUAAAACUGACGUACCAAAACCUCUAACUAACGGUCAUAAUGGUACCGUUAAUCAAGAAAAGGAUAAAAUGGCUGAAGCUGUGAACCUAGAACUAAUUAAUAUGAAACCAUUCGCCAAAAGCAUCAAUGGCAAAGAGAAUGGAGUUCCCACGAAAAAAAAAGAAACUGCUGUCAAUAUGAAUGAUACGUACGAUGACUAUUUUAUCCCCGUGAAUGAACACAAAAAAUACAUGAGGGGUGGAGAAAAAUUGUAUGUAACCAAAGAUAAACGAGAUAUGAAUCAAUCUAAAAAACCAUUUAUGUGUUGGGUGUUUGGAUUGGUAUUAUUGGCUGCUGCUGUCAUCGUCGCGAUUUUGGCGUCGACCGGUAUAAUAUUCAAUAACGAAACCGCAGUAGAGAGUAGAAAUUUCAUGGAGAAUGAGAAAAUCGCCGGUUUUGGUAAUCACCUCGGACACUUCUCGUCAGUCAGCCCACCCCCUGGUGUAGAAAGUUCGAGUCCAUUUAGCCCUCCGACCACCGAUAUGUCGGCAGUAUACCUUCCUAGAACUGUACAAGGCGAAAUUGUUAUUGACAAUAGGGAAUUUACUCCUGACUUGGCAAACAAAUCAUCUUCAGAAUUCCAAAGAUAUGCCCGUUCAAUCGAAACCGAGCUGAAAAAUGUUCUGUUUAAAAAUCAACCGUUAAGUACUGUUAAUGAUGAUAUACACAUUAAAGUCAUUGAAUUGUCUCCUGGAAGUAUAGUAGCUAAAUAUAGAAUAGGCUGGGAAUAUAAAGAUGAUAGUGAACCACAGGAUCUCAUUGAUGCAGUAACUCUUAACACUCGAUUGGAUAGUUAUUUACGAGAGUCUAAUGGAUUUUUAUACGAUUAUAGAGUUCCGAUCCAUAGAUUGCGCUCAGAUCCUGUUAUGGAUAAAUGCAAAAUAGAUAACGGAAAAUGUUCCCAUUACUGUUCUUACGAUUAUAUAAAUUUAGAAUUUGUAUGUUCGUGUCCAUCUGAACUUACCAUAAGUGAGAAUAUGAAAGACUGCAAGCGAAUUAUUGAAGAAGACAGCUUUGACACUAUGUCCGAAUAUGAUUCUUUUCCAAAGCUUGAACCUAGUUCAGUACCUGAAACGAAAUCGGAAGCAGAGCCUGAAUUAAAGACAGAAGCUGAACCAAGUUCAAAAUCAGAACCUAGCUCAGAACCUGAAUUGAAAUCAGAACCUAGCUCAGAACCUGAAUUGAAAUCUGAACCAGAGCCAAGUUCAGUACCUGAAGUAGAACCAGAACCAAAACAAAGUUCAGGACUUGAAAUCACUGCAGAAUUUGAACCUAGCCCCGAGCCUGAAGUGAAAGCAGAACCGAAGCCAAGUUCAGUAUCUGAAGUAAAAUCUGAAUCAGAGUCAAGUUUAGUGUCUGAAGUGAAAUCUGAACCGGAAUCUAGUUCAGAAACAGAAGUUAAAGCAGAACCGGAGCCUAGUUCAGAACCAGAAGUCAAAGCAGAGCCUGAGCCAAGUUCAGUACUCGAAGUAAAAUCUGAACCAGAGCCUAGUUCAAAACCAGAAGUCAAAUCUGAACCAGAGCCAAGUUCAGUACCUGAAAUCAAGUCUGAACCAGAGCCAAAUUCAGUACUCGAAGUAAAAUCUGAACCAGAGCCAAGUUUAGUACCUGAAACCAAGUCUGAACCAGAGCCAAGUACAAUACCUGAAGUCAAAUCUGAACCAGAGCCCAGUUCAGUACCUGAAGUCAAAGCUGAACCAGAGCCAAGUUCAGAACCCGAGGUUAAAGCUCAACCGGAGCCAAGUUUAGUACCCGAGGUCAAAGCUGAACCAGAGCCAAGUUCAGUACCUGAAGUCAAAUCUGAACCGGAGCCCACUUCAGUACCUGAAGUAAAAUCUGAACCGGAGCCAAGUUCAGAACCAGAAGUCAAAGCAGAACCGGAGCCAAAUUCUGUAUCUAGUGUAAAGCAUGAAUCUGAAGUAAAAGAGAAUCAGCCUGAACUUAGUCCAGAACAAGAAAUAAAACCAGAAUCAGAAUUUGUCACCAAAAUUGAACCUGAUACUAAACCAGAACCGGAACCCAGUGCAGAGCCAGAUUCAAAAUCAAGUUCUAUUGACACUUAUGAAUCGUUGUCAGACGUUGAUAUUAGUUCUGAUUCAGAUCUCUCUGAACAAAAUAACAAGCCAUUUUCAAGUUCCUCAACAGAGAAAUCAAUUUUAAAUAUAGAUCAAUCUGAUAGAGAAGCAAAAUCACAUUCAGAAGAAGUAUUCAGUCAUGAAAUCAAACCUGAAGUGACUUAUAUUGUAUCAACAGAAUCUGAAUUUGAAACAAAAACUGAGUCACCAUCUAAAAAAAUUCUAAACCCAAAGAAAGUUCUGAACUAUUAG